UUUUAUCAUUCCAUUCCUAAUUUUGGUGGACGCCAAAUACAUACCAUUAUUUUGUGAAAUUUUGGAAAACAGUUUUUAAAUAUAAAAUAAAGGAAACUAGUCCUAAAGUGAUGUCGCUGCCGAGCAAUUACAAACAAAUUGCUGUCGGCGCAUCAACCGGACCCUCUACUCCCGCGCCAAGUAGUGGCUCUGGCAGCAGCCGCUCCCGUUCUUCUGGCGCCGGCGGUGGUUCAGACCGCAACAAAGACACUACUCCUAUUUUCACUCAUAGUAAUUAUGGUAAUCCAGCAUUCACUCCGCAGAAGGCUGGCAAAUCGGCCAGUUCUAAGACCCAAGCCGAAUCUCGUACACCGAAACCACCCAAGCCUCCAGAGAAACCGGUUCUACCCUACAUGCGCUAUUCGAAACGCAUCUGGGAUAGCGUAAAGGCUCAAUACCCCGAUUUAAAGCUAUGGGAAUUAGGAAAAAAGAUUGGAGCCAUGUGGAAACAACUUACCGAGUCUGAGAAACAGGAAUUCAUUGACGAGUACGAAACUGAUAAAGCAGAGUAUGAAAAGGCUUUAAAGACGUAUCAUAAUUCACCAGCAUACUUGUCCUUCCUGGCUGCUAAGAGUAAAGUAAAAACUGAUUCUGACGUACAUGAUACACCGUCACGUUCUAGUGGCAAAAGCCAGCAAGAAAGACGAAUUGACAUUCAACCAGCAGAAGAUGAAGAUGAUCAAGAUGAAGGAUAUUCGUUCAAACAUGUGGCGUACGCUCGCUAUUUGCGUAAUCAUCGACUUAUCAACGAGAUAUUUUCAGACGCAGUAGUACCGGAUGUGCGAUCUGUUGUAACAACCCAACGCAUGCAGGUACUCAAGCGGCAAGUAAGCUCUUUGACAAUGCAUCAGACUAAGCUUGAGGCUGAGCUUCAGCAGAUGGAGGAAAAAUUUGAAGCAAAAAAACAGCGAAUGGUAGAGUCCAGUGAAGCUUUCCAAGAAGAAUUAAAGCGUCACUGCAAACCAGCAGUAGAUGAAGACACUUUCCAAAAAAUGGUAGUUCGAAUGUAUGAGGAAAUGAAGAAAGAGCGUCAACGUGCAGAUGACCACCCAUUAGGGUCUGCCACAUCCAUUACAGGAGCGGCUUCACCGCAAACACUAAGCACACGCAGCGAUGAAAAGCCGACUGCUCAAGCUGGGCAAUCAUCUAAUCCGAUGUCUGGUGUCGCGAGCUCAACAGGUAAAAAAGAUGCACCAACACCAUCUUCCCAAAUUAUAUCCACUCAAAAAGAGACGGUUGAGUCAGGGAGCAAAACCGACCCUGAACCUAUGGAUAUUGAGAAUCCACCUAAGCCUUCUGUUCCGCUACCCCCUAGACCAGAGGCCCCGAAAAUUGCCCCUAAAACCGGAAAUGAACCAAUGAAAGAAGUCACUAACAAACCACAAAUACCGUCUAUUAUAAAACCAGGGCAACAUGGCAAAGUGCCAACUCCAACACCGACUCCUCCACCACCGACAAUUUCUCUAGAACAUUCAGUUCCCAAUCAACAACAAUCGGCUCCAACAGGGGUCCCAAAUCUACCCUCUCAAGUGAGCAUUCCACCGGCCCAAACACCACCGCCCCAAUCUGCAGCCCAACAGAAUCAACAGCCUCCUCAACCACAGACGGGCCAACAACCGCCGCCACAACAACAACAAGUCCCUCCUACUAUGUCAAUGCACCCACAUCACCCACCACCUCCAUCGCACACUCAUUUACCGCCGCAUUUGCCGCCGCAUCAACCUAUGUCGGCUAUACCGCCGCAUAGCAAUUAUGGGAGUUAUGGCGCACCAACAGGCCCGACACGGUCACCAUACUAUCAACCACAAUAUGGAGCUCAUCCCUCACAACCUUAUAGUCAGUAUGCUCCCUAUCCCCACUAUCAACAACCAUAUGGGCCCCCGCCCGGUUCCCAUUACAUGAAUGCGCGUCCGCCACCACAACAUAAUGGAUCGCCGAUCCACUAUCCAGAACAUGGUGCGCCAGGCCAACCACAACAGCCUCAUGAUGUUUACGGUCAGCCAUCACAUCCAGCUUUGGCACAACAGCAGCCUGCAGCUGUUCCUCCAACACCAGCUGGAGUAUCGGGCAAUCAGGGACUGGCAUCUACCGCAGUUGCUGUUAACGCUUCAGAUGGAACCAAAGGCGACAGCGAAAAGAAAGACGGAGUAGCUGAGUAAACAGCGGAGCGCAUUUUAUGAAUAUUACAAUUUCUAUAUUCUCUAAAUAAGUAAACGCUUUUUACUUGGAAAAUCUUAAAGUAUUAGGCAAUAAACUUGCUUAACAAACUUUCUAUUUGUACUUAGUUUCAUAAGCUCACGACGUAGACGUUCUUGUCAAAUAAGCGUUUAAGCGCUGCUCAUCUUGCAAAGCCUUUAUGACAGUAGGAUAAUUGUAAUGUUGGCCCUACAUAUUACUACCUACUCGUAAUCAUCACUCGACGAAUUCGAGUACUCACAAUUUGUGUGUCACGUUCAGAGCUAUCACAGAAUCCAUCGUAGCUUCGAUUUUCGUGAAACCUACGAAAGUGCUAUCACAGAAUCCGAAUGGUUCGUAGCCACGAACGUAAAUUCGAUAUUCGUAGAGAGAAUUCAUUGAAUCCGUUCGUAAUGAAGAUUCGUACAGAUAAACUACGACGAGUUUAUGCUGUCGGAAUAAAAUUUAAAAUCACUCGAAUCUUAAAAAAAUAAUGUAUAAAAGCUGCAUUUUUGUUAAUAAUAAAUAUUAUUAUACUCCAAAUAUGUUAUAGUUUGAUCCAGGAUGAACUCCGAAACUGACUAUCCGAUUUCCUUGAUAAAGGGAUACUUUGGAGAGAUUACGAUAACCGGGGCGACAAAUUUUGACUUUGCCCACUUUUAGCGAUCGGGGCGUUCUAGUUUUCAAGAUAUUUAGUGUUGAAAGUUAUUUUUGA